AUGCAGUCAUCUCCUUCAAUGCUGGAUACAAAUUCUGAUGGAAUCACUGAUGACGUCAACGAAGGAGAGCCGGAGCAAGAUGAAAUGGAUAAUAAGAAAACACAAAAGUCUAGAAGGAGCUUGGAGCAAAAGUAUCAACAAUUCUCAUUGAAGUCUGAGGAAUCUACUUCUAGUAUAGAGACCAGUUGCUUUACUGAAGAAGAGAAGAGCAGAGAAACGAAUUCAACUGAUGUCGAAUUCGAAGAAGUCAAAGCAUUCCGUGAUCCUGAGCCAAAUUUUUCUACUGAGAUGCAAAGCAUGGCCAUGGAAUCUGAAAGUAAUGAGAGGGAGCAGGCUUUUUCUUCUGCAGGAACACAGACAGAUUUUGAGACUCUUCAAGAACUCAAAGUGCCAUGAAAGUACCUAAAGUUAGAUCUACAGGCAUUCAGACAUCAAAGCAAUUGAUCGAGCCACUUGUCAUUGAAGAGUCAUUAAAAAAUCCCUGUUCGAAGACCUCAUUCGAGAAAAUUCAAAGACUUAUGCUCAGCGAUUCGAAGAAACGAUAAUGAUAAAUGUAUAUUUUACACAGGUUCACAUUUUAAGUACAUCAAGGUUAUAAUGUCGUUCAUCGGCGAUGUCGCGAAUAGUUUAAAUUACUGGGGUUCGAGUCGUAAAAGCAAUGCUAACGAAAAAGAUAAAGCGAGACGUAAAUUAACACCUUUGCAGGAAUUAAUUCUUGUUCUUACUCGCUUAAGAUGUGGGUUACUUCUCGAAGACAUGUCAUACCGGUUUGAAGUUCGUGUUGGGCUAUUGAGCUCUAUAAAUAUUACAUGGAUCCAAUAUUUGUAUCUGCAUUUUUCGAAAAGCUUAAGGCUAAAAAUGUUUGCCAGUCGCCGGCAAGUAGCAAAAUAUUUACCGAAAAUAUUUCGAAACUUUACAAACAUUCGAGUUAUUUUAGACUGCACUGAAUUCUUUUGCGAGGCACCCGCGAAUUUUGCGCAUCAAGGAAAUUUAUUUUCACAGUAUAAAGGUCAUACGACAUUUAAAGUGUUACUUGGCUGUACUCCGAACGGUGCCAUAAGCUUUCUUUCUGACGUUUAUGAAGGGGCAAUUUCAGAUCGCGAAAUCGUCAUUAAAUCUAAACUAGUCGAUCUUUUACACCCCGGCGAGGUUGUUCUUGCAGAUAGAGGCUUUACUAUCGAAGACCUUGUCGAAAGUGUAGGCGCAUCUCUGAACAUACCACCAUUCCUUAGGCAAAGAAAUCGUUUCACAGCACAAAAGGAAAUCGCAACGAAGAAAGUUGCUAAAGGACGCAUUUAAGUUGAACAUGCAGUUGGUAGACUAAAACAGUUUCGCAUUUUGCAAAUGACUAUUCCAUUAAGCAUGAAAGGAAUAAUAUCGCAAUUAGUGUUUGUUUGCGCAUGUCUUGUAAAUUUUCAAGAACCAAUUGUAUAUGACGAGGGAUAAGUUGUAUAAUUCUUAUUAAGCCGGUAAUAAGCGUUGAAUAAAAAAUAAGAAUAGGAUUUGAAUAUUCUUCGAAUUUAUAAGUUAUGAAUAGAUUUAAUUGUGAAAAAUAGGUUAAAUGAAUGCUUUCGUUAAAUUUUACUCAGUCGAUUCGUCUCAGUCGAGUCUCUCGUAAUAUUUCUAAGGUAAUUUCUAAUGUCAAUCGUUCGUUUGUUUCUCAUACUAUUUCUAAUGGAAUUUUUAAUGUCGAACGUUCGUUUGUCUCUCAUACUACUUCCCAUGUAAUUUCUAAUGUAAAUCGUUCGUUUGUCUCUCCUACUAGUUCUAAUGUCAUUGAAUGGAGGAAUAAAACAAUCCUUCGCAAUAUUUGAUCUUUUUUCUUUACGU